GAGUGUCUCUGAGGUGACACCGGCCAGGAGCUUGACGUGGAUACCCCAGCCCAGACGGAGCAGCUGCCCCUGGGCGUCCUUCUGGCUAUCCAGCCUCACCAUGUCAAAGAAGGGCACGGGCAGCCGGGCCAAGGGGGACAAGGUGGAGGCUCUCACCGCACUGCAGGCUGCCAACGAGGAGCUGCGAGCCAAGCUCACGGACAUCCAGAUUGAGCUGCAGCAGGAGAAGAGCAAGGUCAGCAAGGUGGAACGGGAGAAGAGCCAGGAGCUGAGGCAGGUACGUGAACACGAGCAACGAAAGCACGCGGUCCUGGUCACAGAACUCAAGACCAAGCUCCAUGAGGAGAAGAUGAAGGAGCUGCAGGCCGUGCGAGAGGCGCUGUUGCGGCAGCACGAGGCUGAGCUGCUGAGGGUCAUCAAGAUCAAGGACAACGAGAACCAGCGACUGCAGGCGCUUCUCAACACCCUGCGGGAUGGUGCUCCCGACAAGGUCAAGACGGUGCUCCUGUGUGAGGCCAAGGAGGAGGCCAAGAAGGGGUUUGAGGUGGAGAAGGUCAAGAUGCAGCAGGAGAUCUCAGAGCUCAAGGGGGCCAAGAAGCAGGUGGAGGAGGCGCUGACCCUGGUCAUCCAGGCGGACAAGAUCAAGGCAGCGGAGAUCAGGAGUGUGUACCACCUGCACCAGGAGGAGAUCACCCGCAUCAAGAAGGAGUGUGAGCGGGAGAUCCGCAGGCUGAUGGAGGAGAUAAGAUUUAAAGACAGAGCAGUCUUCGUGCUGGAGAGAGAGUUAGGGGUUCAAGCCGGGCAUGCCCAGAGACUGCAGCUCCAGAAAGAGGCUCUAGAUGAGCAACUUUCCCAGGCCAAAGAGGCUGAGCGGCACCCAGGCAGCCCCAGACGGGAACUUCCUUAUGCAAGCGGUGCAGGAGACGCCUCAGACCACUCGGGAAGCCCUGAACAGCAGUUGGAUGAAAAGGAUGCCAGGCGCUUCCAACUUAAAAUCGCAGAGUUAAGUGCCAUCAUCCGUAAACUAGAGGAUCGAAACGCCUUGCUUUCUGAAGAAAGGAAUGAACUGUUAAAGCGUUUACGCGAAGCUGAAAGUCAGUAUAAGCCAUUGCUGGAUAAAAACAAGCGCCUUACCCGGAAAAAUGAAGAUUUGUCUCACACUUUACGGCGCAUAGAGAGCAAGUUGAAAUUUGUCACUCAGGAGAACAUGGAAAUGCGGCAGAGAGCUGGGAUCAUCCGGAGACCCAGUUCUUUAAAUGACCUUGAUCAAAGUCAAGAUGAGAGAGAGAUUGACUUCCUGAAGCUCCAGAUUGUGGAGCAGCAAAACCUCAUCGAUGAGCUUUCCAAGACCCUGGAGACAGCAGGCUAUGUGAAGAGUGUGUUGGAGCGUGAUAAACUGUUGAGGUACCGGAAACAAAGAAAGAAAAUGGCAAAACUCCCCAAGCCAGUUGUUGUGGAGACCUUCUUUGGAUAUGAUGAAGAAGCUUCUCUGGAAUCCGACGGUUCUUCCAUCUCUUACCAAACUGACAGGACAGACCAGACCCCAUGCACGCCUGACGAUGACCUGGAGGAGGGCCUGGCCAAGGAGGAGACAGAGUUGAGGUUCCGGCAGCUGACCAUGGAGUACCAGGCACUGCAGCGAGCCUACGCCUUGCUGCAGGAGCAGGUCGGAGGGACACUGGAUGCAGAGCGAGAAGUUAAGACCCGUGAGCAGCUACAAGUAGAAGUGCAGCGAGCACAGACACGGGUAGAGGACCUGGAGAAGGCGCUGGCUGAGCAGGGGCAGGAUAUGAAGUGGAUUGAGGAGAAGCAAGCUUUGUAUCGAAGGAAUCAAGAGCUUGUAGAAAAGAUUAAACAAAUGGAGACAGAGGAGGCCCGACUGAAGCAUGAGGUCCAGGAUGCAAAAGACCAGAAUGAGCUGCUGGAGUUCAGGAUCCUGGAGCUCGAGGAGCGGGAGAGGAAGUCACCUGCCAUCAACUUUCACCACACACCCUUUGUGGAUGGGAAGAGCCCUCUUCAGGUGUACUGCGAGGCCGAAGGCGUGACGGACAUCCUGGUCACAGAGCUGAUGAAGAAGCUGGACAUCCUGGGGGAUAACGCCAAUCUGACCAAUGAGGAGCAAGUGGUUGUCAUACAAGCAAGAACAGUGCUGACCUUGGCAGAAAAGUGGCUCCAGCGGAUUGAAGAGACAGAGUCAGCACUGCAGCGGAAGAUGGUGGAUCUGGAGAGUGAGAAGGAGCUGUUCAGCAAGCAGAAGGGCUACCUGGAUGAGGAAUUGGACUACAGGAAGCAGGCCCUGGACCAAGCCCACAAGCACAUCCUGGAGCUGGAAGCCAUGCUGUACGAUGCCCUGCAGCAGGAGGCAGGGGCCAAAGUGGCUGAGCUGUUAUCAGAGGAGGAGCGUGAGAAGCUCAAGGUGGCCGUGGAGCAGUGGAAGCGGCAGGUCAUGAGCGAGCUGCGCGAGCGUGAUGCACAGAUCCUACGAGAGCGCAUGGAGCUGCUGCAGAUGGCGCAGCAGAGAAUUAAAGAGUUAGAAGAAAGAAUAGAAACCCAGAAGAGACAGAUAAAGGAACUGGAGGAAAAGUUUUUAUUUUUGUUCUUGUUUUUCUCUCUAGCCUUCAUUCUCUGGUCAUAGCUGUUCUUGGCACCCUGAUCUGCCUUCUGCACAGGUGGACCCCUGUCCUCUAUCGGGACCAGGGAGCAGUGGGUGCCAGAGAAAGCAUGGGACAUAGUGAAGACUUGGGAGGGUUUGGGCUCUGUGCUCCGCCUUGUGGAAGAGGCGGGUACAAGCACCUGUGAGCUGUUCCUACUGUCCACAUCGGAUGAGCCAGGACUAGAACUGGUCUUGCUGAUUGACGCUUCUCUGGGGAGAGGCUUGGCCUUCGCUGCUGGGCCCUGGGGUCCCUCCACCCAGAGAGCAGCCCCCAUCCCAGUCAGAGGGAUGUGUAAUGUUCCCUGCCAAGCAGGGGUAAGAGCUGCUGUUGUGCUGGAGUUUACGCUGGAGCACCCUCUCAUUCCCACAAUGACCAUCAGCCCUCCUGGAAGAUGAUGCUCAGAAUUGCCAAGGCUUGUCCCUAAUGGCAAGAUGAAGGCUGUGGUCUCGGCAGUGACCUUCUUCAAGGGGAACUGGCAGGUGGGGGGGCUCCCGCGAUACGCUGAGUGCCACACUGUUGUCACUCACUGGGGUCCUGAGCAUUUGCUGAUGGACAGAUCCUACACCCAACCUUGUUCUGUUAUGGUGGUGUCUCUCUGGGGACAGGUGAGAGUUAUGGCCCCCAUUGGCCUCCUACCCUACUCCUGGCAUGAAGGCUGGAGUCCUACCCCAGUCUGCUGGUCAGGAGAACAGUAGGUGACCAGGGGAGAGGCAGAGAGAGUGGUAAGGGCACAUGAGAUGAGCAUACAGAGGCCUGGCCUUGGAGAACAUGGAUUGCAGCAUAGUCCCAGAAAUGGUGGAGGUACUGCCACCUGGCCUGGAGGACUCCCAGCAGGUGGGCCCAGCCUGAGAGCUGAGCUGGUGAGAAGGCUAAAGAUGGCCUUGUCCAGAGCCACAACAUGCAAGGAGCAGGGCCCAGGAGAGAAGGCAAAGACAAGAUGCAUCGGAGAUUCCACAAACUCAAGAGGGCAGCCUGAGGGCAAUGGCCUGCAGGGAUAAACAGUGCACCAAUGAGGGUUAUUCAAGUGAGAUUUCUGUUCCUGCUGGAUGAUCCCAUCCGCAGUCCAGGAAAGUCUUCCUUCUUAUGGAUGGACAGACUCCCUGGCUGGAGGUGGCUCUUCUGUCUUCUUCACAUCCUUGGUGGUCCAAGGCUGUCACCCUCCAUGCUGAAGUUAGGAGUGUGUGUAUGCAUGUGUGUUCAUAUGUGUGUAUGUAUGUUCAUGCAUGUGCUUACUCAAAGGCCAACACACAGAUGUGAGCCCUUUCGAAGCACCUAGAAGCUGACACACUGGGCAGUGAGAUUUGCAGCCAGCUGUGACCAAGUGUUGUAUUUUACAAAGUUCAGUAGCCCAAGGGAGGAGUGAUCACCCUGUCUGGAAGUAUUAGGUUCAUUUUAUAUUUGUGUCAGAGGAAAUGUUCCACUGUGGUGCAGAUGACCAAGUAGUUAUGGUCCCCUAGGUCAAAACCUGGAGAGAGUUUAUAGGAUUGGACACAUAAGCCUCUUCUUCAGUGGGUGCAGAAUUCCACUGGGAAAUGCAUUGAGUGCACUUGUCAUGAAGGGUCCGUCUCUUCCUAUUGCCAUUCACGUCACGGUUCCUGGUACACUUGGACAAGGUCAGUGCCUCUCUAGUUGAGCCUGACAUUUGGUCUCAAGUCUGAAAUCUUCAGUCCUGGGUUCAUGGUGUUAUCUCAUUUAAAUGACUGCCUUUUCUUGGCACAUUUAUUCAGCUCUGAAUGGCAGACAAUGGUCUGUAUUAAUAAAUGCUGCCACACAUCUAUAGGUGAGGUAAACCAUUUAGCUAAAGAUAAGUGACUGUAAAGAGAGCAUCUAGAAAUGGUCUCAACUCCAUGCCAUUCCCUGCCCACCUGGCCGCCUCUGGGGGAGUUCCUGGCCCAACUCCAAGUGAACUUGCAUGAGAACAACAGCUGGUUAGGAACUGAAAACCGCACUGGAGACUCUCCCUGCCUCACACCCCUCUGGUUUAGUUGGAUCAUGGUUUUGCAUGUUGUGUGUGUCUGUAAUAUGUCAUAACACCCUCUGACAUUCUAAAUCAUAGUUCUGGGAUUUCCUUUAAAAGACAGACUAUACAGAAGGAAGCAUGUAAAUAUGUACUGAUGCUUAUCAAGUUGUUGCUGUUUAUAUGUAAAGUGUAUGUAUAUAGGAGGAACAUGGCACACUGGAUGUUUCAGAUAAUAUCCACAAACCAAAUUGCACUUCCACCUGGCUGUGUUCCUGAAAGCUCAUGUCUAUCUCGAUGUUCCUCUCUUUACAUCUCAUUGUUCCUGUGUCAUCAGCACCUUUUCACUUGAUUCCAAAGUCAGAACUGGGCUUUUGCCAAAAAAAUAGUGAGCAUUUGUUAAGUAUUUCAAAAGUAAGGUACAUUUUCUAAUCCCAGACUGAAACUUUUAUCCCAAAUGCUGGGUCGGACUAGCUUCCCUCCAGCAUUUGGACUCUUGCUGCUAGCUCCUAAAACAGGAAAUGUCUGUGUAAUGGCCCUGUCCUGGUGAAGCAGGAGGAGACUCUGAGACCUUGAAGUGUCCCCAGGAACACACGCUGCGUCAUUGAGGCAUGAACCUCGAUCUCAUGUUGCAUUAAGUUAUCAGCCCACUCAGUCUGUGUGUACCGCACAGACCAGCAUAAGCAUUUUCGUUUGUCUAAACUAGAAAUCCACGUAAACCACAGAGUCCUUUGUGAACAGCCACAUGACGUGUACUUUGUUUCCACGGUCUAGCGUUCUGUUGCUGAAGGCUAUGGCUGUGACUUACGUCUUUGCCCUCACAGACUCUGUAGCCUUCAGGAAACCCGAGUGCCUUACACGGCUUGUGAACACAAACGAGGGGAGGGGCGGAGAGUGGCUUUGAGGCACUGGUGGCUGAUCAGCUCUUGCCGUCACUCCGUCAUUGAACCCUUCAGAUGGGUUGUGUGUUUUAACACAGUGAUGGAUCUAAGUUUAGGCUCAGGAAAAUCAUAUUGUGAAUAUAUGUAUCAAAGCAUAUAUUUGUUUACUGUAUCUUUUCUAAAAAGCUUUAUUGUAAACUUAUGCAAAAAGGAGCAGGGCUUGUCUUCUCAUGGCAAAGCGCCAGGCAGUAUUUGUGUUCUAUGAAGCAAUUCCUUAACACCCCCUCAAACACAUUCUGUUCAGUGCAAACAGUACUCACAGGCUUAAACUAGGUUUGUAUGGUGGUCAACUACAAAUUUUACAUGUAUUUUUGUAUUGUGGUUCCUAUAAUAUAUACCAGAGAAUUUUUACUUAUUUGUAAAUUACUGU